UCGCAGCUGUGGUGAACCAUAACAUUACUGCGCCAAUUCUGCGGCGUACGGGCGGAAGGGUAUGGCGUUCAGAGGCCGUGGUCGGGGGCGCGGCGGCUUCGGAAGAGGCGGAUUUGCGAAGCAAGUUCCCUUCGAGCUUUUUCCGGAAAUUGAGGAUUUAGGUACUGCUGAAUAUUCUCAAGACAAUUUAGAGUUGAUCAGGUGGUCUUCGAAUCUGCAGAAGUUUUGUCAGACUUCCUCCCCUUACUAUUACGAAGAUAGAACCGAACGCCUUCAGAAGAAGCAAAAGCAAGAUAUUGAAACGUAUUCAAGUAAGAAUUUGGGAGCAACUUACAAUAGGCCUCCACUAUGGGACUUCAUUAAACUGGACAACGAUCAUAUGCCGGCUGAAUUAGCCCGAGGUGAGAACAAGGGAAAGCGGACUAAUAAGAAAGUCCGGUGGAAUCCGGAAUCAGACUUUCAGAAACUGGAUAUGUUCGAAAAGCUUGAACAGAAGUUUCAGGGCGAAGAAGGAACCGAAAAGAAAGAAGAUGAAGAAGAAGAGGACGAAGAAGAUGAAGUAAAUGAAGAAGAUGGAGAGUUUAGCGAUGAGGGUGAUUACGAACAGGCUGAAUAUUUCGAUGACGAUGAAGAUGAUUACAACAUUGCCGAUGACAACGAUGAUGAACCAAUUUUCUGAGCUUCUGUACACACCUUGAUUGUUUUUUGCCUCGAAAAUCCUUCGCCAGUUGGUGCCGGUUAGAUCAAUUUUUGUUAGGUGCACGUUAAUAGCAACUGUUUCGUUUUCUUCGUUUCUUGCCACAUGAUCUGC